UCGGCUCAGAGGAAACCACGGUACAACUUUCUUCAGUCAUUCCAAAUUGGGUUCACCCGACACCAGCCGCCUCCACCAUGCCGCCCAAGUAUGACCCCAACAAGAUCAAAGUCAUGCACCUGAUGUGCACUGGAGGUGAGGUCAGCGCCAUCCACCUGGGCCCCAAAAUUGUCCCCCUGGGUCUGUCUCCAAAAAAAGUUGGUGAUGACAUUGCCAAGGCAACCGGUGACUGGAAAGGUCUGAAGAUUACAGUGAAACUGACCAUCCAGAACACAGAGGCCCAGGUUGAGGUGGUGCCCUCUGCCUCUGCCCUGAUCAAGAAGCCUCCAAGAGACAGAGAGAAGCAGAAGAACAUUAAACACAGUGGAAAUAUCAUGUUCCACAAGAUCACCCACAUUGUCAGAGAUCUUUCUGGAACUAUUAAAGAGAUCCUGGGCUGCAAUGUGGAUAGCCGCCACCCUCAUGACAUCAACAGUGGAAUGCCCAGCUAG